AUGUGCCAAUUGGUAACAGAUGAAUUAUUUUCUCAUUACGAUCUGAUGAACUUAAGACAAUUCGAAUCACUGUGGCAGGAGCAUAUAAUAAGUAUGGGCAUCAUUAGACCUACAAAGAUUUUGUAUAUUGGUAUUGAAGAAACUUACAUUUUAAUAUUAAGAAACCUCGCGAGUAACACUUUGAAUUAUUCUUGGGGUGAAGUUAAUGGUCUAGAUUCGACGAUGAUGGAACUUUGCGUGUGCCCUGAAAAGGGAGAAGUGUUGGCUGGAAAUACUCAAAGAAUGAAGAUAACUAUCACUCCCAUAAAAGAGGGAAUCGUGCAAUCGUUAUUUAUACCGUGUUUCGUUGGAGAUUCGCGGAAAAUAAUAAUGCUGGGAAUCGAGUGUGCCAUUGAAUCCCUUUAUGUUACAUUCUAUUUUCCCUUAGACGACGAAAUGCCGGUGGAGCUGAAGAAUAAUUUUAUUAAAGUCGAGUGGCGAGCAGACAGUUUUCAACUUGCUUUCGACCUGGCAGGAAAAUCUAAAAAGCACAUGAAGAUAUUAGACGUGUACAUAAUGAGGGAAGAACGAGAGUUAAUGAACACGAAUCUGGAUCAGGGAGAGAUUCUCAAGGAUGCUGCAGCAGGUCCUUCAAUGGAAGAAGUGACUGCUAUGGAAUCUGGCGAGCAAUCCUCCACGACUAUUCGUACCUCAGAAAUCAUUCAAAUGAGCAAUGUAAUAACGGAAAAUGAGAACAAUUCGCACGAUGUGGCUUCUUUUGGAAAUAUUGUUCCAUUUUGUAAAAGAUAUCUACCAUCAGUUCCACAGCCUGCUGUAAUAGAAUUUUUAAACCUGCCAUUGAGAAAAGUGCAAAAGAAAACUUUUAUAAUAAAGAACGAAACAUCGAUAUUGACUAAUUUUUGGCUACGUAUAAAGAACUAUUACCCCAUCACAUGUUCAUGCGAAAGGAAGUCGCAAGAGGAUCGGAUCAAGUUUAUCUAUAAACGCGUCUUUAGUCGACAAAAGGAAUUAAUUGCGGAAACACUGUACAAAAUAAAACAACCUGGAUCAGGGGUUGUAAUUUAUGUUGCCCCAUUAAAUUCGGAUAUAGACUCUUUCAGUGCCAUACCUGUGGAUAUUUACGUCUUUGCUGAUACAUGGGGUAUUUAUGUGGAUGAAUUAGAAAUAAAUAUUACUGGCUUGCCAUUGUACUCUAUAGGAAUAUGUGUACAAGUCUUUGGAUUACCAAUUUCAUUCUCAAUUUCUGAUAGAAAUGAAUUUAAUAUACCUGUUAUCAAAUAUGGUAUUGAAGCUGUAGGUACACGUCUACAUCGUAGAAAAGUGUUAUUGACAAAUACAAGUGUGGUACCUAUAGUUAUUGAUUGGCAUACAUUUUUAGUCACACCAGCUGUAGAGACAAAGCCUUUUAAUGUAGCAUUUGAUUUAUGUACCCCAUUUACCGAUAAAUUAGCAUCAAGACUUAAAGCUAGUAAGCAGAAAAAUGAAAGUGAAUUACAUUUAGAAGAACAUGCAAAUUUUCCAUUAUCAAAAAAUUUAGAUACGUGUGAUUCUUUUGAAAUCAGCAACAUUACUGAUAUUACAGUGCCAUCUAGUUACAUGAAGUUUCCAUUCGUGACAUCAGCCUACAUGUCUAAUAAUGAAAUUUUACUUAAACACCUUCCUAGAAGUUUCACUAAUGACUUAAAAAGAAAUUAUAAACACACAGAAAAUGAAAUAUAUUCAAAUUUCUAUGCAUCUGAUCAAAGUGAAACAGAAGAGAAAAAAACCAUAGAAUUAAAAAUUUUAAUACUUCCUUACUAUGGUUUAAUUGAUACAAAAAUUUGCACAGUAAAAAAAUACUUUUAUUAUAAUAAACUAUUUAAGAAAGAGUUCUAG